CAAGGAAUUCAUAGCACAAGUUAUCAAAGAACUAAUUGCGCUAUGGCAAUCAGUGAAGAUUAUAAAUAGACGCCCAAUGCAUCCCCAGUCACAAGGUUUAGUAGAACGUGCUAAUGGCAUCUUGGAGCAAAAACUAG